GAGAAUUGCAAGUUGCAGUCUCGUCCGGCGGGGAAGCUGGAUGUUAAGCUAUAGGCCGCCUUUCGAAGUCACCACCUCAUUCAACUUUGGUUCCACAUGCGCAAUCGGGGAAAAGACCUUGUGUACUUCUGAAUACCGCUCAUGUAAGGCAAGACCCAGGCUUAUUUGCCGAGCUAACAAUGAGAUUUCGCCGGCAGGCACAACGGUCAACUGCACCUUGAUCGGCGCUGACUCACUCUGCGGCGAUUCAAGCUGUCGCGCAUUGAUGGUUCGACGAACCAGCGGAUUUCAGCAGCGUUCCAGCGAGAGUGGUUUUGCUGUUCUUGCGGCCGAGAUGGAGAUAUCCUGUUGUAGUUAGGGGGCCAGUAGCUCAGCAUCCUCCAAGCGGAAAUCAAUCAUCAGAGCAGAUAUCAACUUCGUCAAUCCAGCAGGAGCGCGAAUAGUAUCGCUAUACUUGAGGUCGCUCUUCAUGGGUAUAAUUCGGGCAAGAGGAAAGAAGGUGUUUCGGGGUCCUAGGGCCCCCGCUCAAUAUUUUUGCAAGACCCCACACGGUCUCUAGCGGCAGAGUUUGCUUCGCCUCUUU